AUGCGCUCCCGCUCGCCUACGAGGAAGACAGAAUCUGGCGGCGUAUUCUUCUGGCGAAUCAAUCAGGCACAGUACAGCGGAGCCGGAGCUUGCGCCGAGAAGAUCGUGUUAUCGGUUCUGGAGAAAUUCGGACUUUGCCGAUCCAGUGAAGCAGCAGGCUCCCUCCUUAUCUGGGCAAACUGCUUUGAGCCAAAGCUUUGGACGACAGCAGGACACUGCCUGAUCAACCAUUUUCCUCGAUCUGUCGAGCUCACACACAAGCAUCGGCUAUGUGAGACUCUGACUAGAUGUCGGAGCAGGUACUUGCCGCGAAGUUUCGUGUUACCACAAGAAGAGGCUCUUUGGCAUCAAAGCUUGCAAGACAUGGGGAAGCCCGGAGAUGCCGGUGUAUUCGGCAAACACUGGAUCAUGAAGCCGGGGCGAGGAGGAGGAGGCCGAGGAGUUCAAGUUCUCAGCUGUCAAAGUGCAGCCCACAUUCAGCAGGCAAUUGCCUUGGUUAAGAGUUCAAGUUCGGCCAAAACACCUGUGGUGGUCAGCCAGUACGUCGAAAAACCCUUGCUGAUAGAUGGGAAGAAGUGCGACCUGCGACUGUAUGUGCUUGUGACAUCGUUCGGGAGUACUGCGUCUCACCAGGAGUGCCACGCGGCUGACAGAGCAGCUGGCUCUGGCGAUCUCACAGCAUAUAUCUUCUCUGAGGGUCUUGUUCGGUUUGCCAGCGAGCCAUUUGCCAUGUCUUGCGAAUCCCUUGGCAAUUCCUGCAUUCACCUUACCAACAACGAGGUGAAUGCGAGACAUGCACAUGGGCCAUGUCUUGGAAAUUGGCGGCUGUCGGACCUUUUCGCCUGGCUUCGUGCCCACCCAGAGCCAUGGAGGCCAGAUUCCUCGGAAGUCUGGCAUCGCAUCCGUGCGUUGGCCUGGGACGUUCUAGUUGCUGCAAGGCCCUCGAUCCUGCGUGCCACGGCACAGCAGCCGAAGGCCCAUGGCCAGUGCUUCGAGCUGUUCGGGUUCGACGUGCUGCUGGAUGAGCAGCUUCGGCCGUGGCUCUGCGAGGUGAAUGGCAUGCCCUCGCUUGGGGUUGGCGGGAAGCUAGAUCUCUGCGUCGACACAGAGAUGUUAACGGCUAUGUUUGCAACCGUGUUGGACCAAGUCCCCAAAGACCAGCCAGAAGAUGGUGCUGCCACCUUCGAGCUCCUCACUGCCCCCUCUGAACCGUAG